AUGUCUUCCAAACAUUACUUCCCUGAGACGGCAGUAAAUACACUAGUCCCAAGAGCUCUGCAAGCUCUGGUAGCUGCCAACCCAUCACUCUCCUUCCUCGAUGAGCACCGUGUUGUACUAAACACCACACACAAGUCCUCAAAUGUUGCUUUGAUUUCUGGAGGAGGUAGCGGUCAUGAGCCAGCUUGGUCAGGUUAUGUUGGUGAUGGCCUUCUAUCAGCUGUCGCUUGUGGGGACAUUUUUGCUAGUCCAAGCAUGAAACAAGUACUUGCUGCAAUUGCUUCCGUUCCCUCAGAGAAAGGCACCAUACUCUUAAUUACAAAUUACACCGGGGAUAAGUUGCAUUUCGGGCUGGCUGCUGAGCGAGCCCUAGCUGCUGGAUUUGCUAAAAAGGUGGUCGUUCUUCCAGCCACGGACGAUGUGUCGAUCGGGCGCAGUAGGUGCGAAAAGGUCGGAAGAAGAGGGUUAGCGGGCAAUGUGAUCACCAUGAAGGUCCUUGGGGCAGCCGCCAGCCAAGAAUACAGUUAUGAAAGACUAGUCGACAUCGGAAAAGCAGUCAACAAUCAGUUGGUUUCAAUCGGUUCCGCUUUAGAUCAUUGCCACGUACCAGGCCGCCAAAACCAUGAUGAGAUUGGUGACGACGUUUGUGUAGUUGGGGCCGGAAUACACAAUGAACCGGGGGCGCAAAAAGUGUCACCAUUUCCAUCCGUAGAGGACCUAAUUGCUCAACUAUUGACUCUGAUAUGUGAUCAAAAAGAUCCAGAGCGAGGUUUCGUUAGAUUCAGUGACAACGAUGACACAGUUCUUUUGAUCAACAACUACGGCGGGUUGUCCAACUUGGAGUUAGGUGCCUUGACCCAAGAGACACUGUCCCAACUCGAAUCCAAGUGGCGGAUAAAACCAACAAAGAUAUACGCUGCUCCCUUUGAGACUUCUCUAAAUGGUCCAGGUUUUUCGAUCACGCUGUGUAAUCUUACUAUAGCUGCAAAAGAGAGCAACACAUCCGUAGACGAGUUGCUAGGAUUGUUGGCUUAUGAAACCAAAGCUCCUGCGUGGCCAAAUGUUCUUUCCAAUACAUCGACCAAAGCAGAACGGAAGCCAACGCCGGUUGUUGAUAUUGAAAAACAGACACCAAUAUCCACAGAAGAAGACAUUACAGUCGACCCAACCAACUUAGAAGCAACUGUUCGCCUAGCUUGUGAGCGGGCAAUAAAGUCGGAGCCGGAUCUCACAAAGUGGGAUAUGGUUAUGGGCGACGGAGACUGUGGGGAGGCGGUGAAAGGGGUCUGUGAAGCUGUACUAAAAAUUCUCGACAACGGGACUGCGAAGUCUGGUUCAGUUUUUGAGCUAUUAUACGCCGUCAUCGAUGCGGUUGACGACAUGGGCGGAACACUAGGCGCUAUAUUCGGAAUACUCCUUGCAGCCCUGGCCUCUUCUCUUCGGACAGAGAAGCAAAAGGGAGAUGGUAGUUUAUUGGAUGUAUUCGCGCCAGCCCUAACACAGGCCGUCGGGGCCCUAAAGAACCAUACGGGUGCCAGGGUAGGGGAUAGGACGGUAAUGGAUGUAUUGCUCCCGUUCCAGGAGACUUUAGAAAGUGCCAGAGAUUUCGAGAAAGCAGUGAGAGAGGCCGAGAAGGCUGCUGAGGGAACCCGAGGAUUGAAGCCCAAAUUUGGUAGAGCCAGUUAUGUGGGUGCGGGAGGAGAAGAGCAACACCUGCCAGAUCCAGGAGCCUGGGCAUUAAUGGAGAUGGUCAGGGGACUGUACGAUGCGAGUCCAUGA